AGAAAAUAUAUCCGCGCGAAUGUUACUCAGUGCUAUUAGUUGUUUAGUUGUGAUAAAUUUGUGUUUGUGUAAGUGUGACAGAAGAUGGGUAAAAAGGCAAAAGAGAAUGUUAAGUCAAAAAAGGAGAGAAUUGAAAAAAAGUCUGCUUCGAUUAAAGCUAAAAAAAAUUCAAAUGUUAAUUACUGCUGUUCAUUAGUGUCGGGUCUCGUGGCGGUAUUAGUGGUCUUCUUAUCUUACAAGGCUUAUAUGUCCUUGGUACAUGUACCUGAUUUGCCUAAUCUGGACUUAGACGCGUGGUGGGGACCCAACGACACUAAGUUAAACCAGGACACGUCUAUAAGGCCGUUCCGCAUCGUGUUCAGUGAGUCUUAUGUUUAAAAUACUGGAAGAGUCACCUUGCACAUGAAAAUUUAUCAAUAUAGUACACAAUAAUUCACGAGCCACUGUAAACUCAAGUUAUUUAAGCCAAUAUAUUCGAAAGCACCAAUUCUGAUAAAUCCUAUACAUUGCGCGACGGUUUUGCGUAAGUCGAGCGAGGGGUACAUAAGCCAGAAUGACCUCAAACUCUUUGAAAAAAAGUUUCGACAGUUUAGUCACGUUGAGCUUGUUGCCCUGGUUUAUCUGCAGUGAUUCAGCUACCCAGCUACCAAUCCUGGGAUAGGUAGUAGCAUAAGGCAUGCUUGGUACGGUACAGCCAGCCAGAGACGAGAUUCAGUCUAUAGGAAGCUCCCAGCAAUGGAAAUUCUGAUUAUGAAGCUGAAAUUAAUGAUGAAACUUCCUCCAAUAUUUUUAGAUGCUAACAGAUUUGAGAAGAAGGUUUGACGACUAUAGAAGACUUAAGAAAACAAAAUCUUUCGAAAACGCAACUUGGACGUACGGUGUCAACUCGGAUGGCUACGGGCAAUUCUUCUCACAUUGGAUCUUCAAAUACAAUUUUCAAAGGAGGGAACAAUAUUUGAACAAAUUCAAUCAUUUCAAGACUAAUGUGCAAGGAUUGGACAUACAUUUUAUUCACGUGAAGCCGAAAGUCGAUGAAGAUAUUAAGGUAAUUCCAUUGCUCCUCCUCCAUGGGUGGCCAGGUUCAGUGAGAGAAUUCUAUGAAGCUAUACCUCGAUUGACCUCACCGAGAGCAGGAUAUGACUUUGUAUUUGAAAUCAUUGCACCAAGUCUCCCCGGAUUUGGAUAUUCUCAGGCUCCCGUCAGACCAGGUCUCUCGGAAACUCCAAUGGCUAUCGUGCUGAGAAAUUUGAUGCACAGGCUUGGUUUCAAACAGUUUUACGUCCAGGGAGGAGAUUUAGGCCACAAAAUUGGCACGAGAAUGGCUACACUUUUCCCAAGUGAAGUCCUUGGCCUUCAUACAAAUAUGGCAGUUAUGUUCACCGAUUUACCCAUUCUAGUUUGGGUCUUUGGAGGGGUUUGGCCAAGUCUUGUGGAAAAGGAUUACACAGAUAGACUUUACCCGGUAGAGGAUAAGGUCAAUUUUUAUCUGGAAGAGUCUGGAUACUUACAUCUGCAACACACAAAGCCUGAUACUCUAGGAGUUGCUCUCAGGGAGUCACCAGCGGGUUUAGCAGCUUACAUCGUUGAGAAGUUUGUGAUAGGCACCGACCCUCAGAACAAGUUCAAAGACAACGGCGGACUGGACGCUUACAAUGCUGACGACCUCAUUGACAACAUCAUGAUAUACUGGAUGACUGGGAGUAUCACCACUUCCAUCAGGAUCUUCAAAGAAAACUCGAGGAACAAGGAAAUGGAAAUUGAUAUGGAAAAGAUUCCGACGGAGGUCCCGACUUGGGCUCUGAGAUUGAGACACGAGAUAUUCUUCAUGCCAGAGUUUAUGAUCAAAUGGAAAUUUACCAACCUAGUUGGUACGACAACUAAGAACGUUGGCGGCCAUUUUGCAGCUCUGGAAAAGCCUGACAUAUUCGCCGAUGAUGUGUUCAAAGCAUUCAAAAGUUUCAGAGGGCUUAGAAAGACAAGAUAAACUUGUAUUUCAACACAUUUGCUCGAAAAAUGCAUUUACGGAGUUCGAGUUAUACAUUAUUCGAAAGUUAAAAAUUACGGGCUACAACAGAGCGUGUGGUAAAACGUUUAACUGCACGCUCCCAUACAUCGCGCCGUGCGUAUCCUUUCCGUUUUUUUUUUUUAAUUCGGUUGAACCUCCUUGAAAAUGACUCAAUCUAUACCUUUGUCUCACUUUAAUUCUAAAAAGAAAAAGAGGCUAUGUGAUGUAGUUCUUAUUUUUACCACCCGCACGUGGCGCGAUUGAGAAAUGCG